UCUUGCAGGUGCUCUCACCACUAGAUUUUGGGAGAAUGGCAGAGAAACACCAAGGCCUGUUCAGGGGGAAGAAGAACAAAGGCUCUUCAGCUGCCCCAGCAAAGCAGCGUGAUGUGACACCACGGUCCCAGCCACUGCAGGAGGGUGCAGCCCUGGACUGCACACAAGAGCAGGAAUCCACCCGUGGCCGCUUCUGCAAAACAGCGCAGAUGUUCCGGCAGUUCCUGCGCAUUCAGCGUAGAAAGACCGGCAGCACAGCAGCUGCGGGCACAGCCGAGCCUGACUCGGGGCUGACCGGGCUCCAGGCAGAGCCCGAUGGCAGCCCAGAUUCGGCUGAGCGCUCAGAAGACUUUGAGACCUCAGUGACUGAAACCUGGGCAAAGGCUCUUCUCAUGUCAAUGACUGAGGACGUGGCCAUCACAAACAACGACAAUGAAGAGACUCAGGGCAUCACAAAUACUGACACGAGACCAAAUUCAGUGGAGCACUCCAAAGACUCUAAGGCUGCAAUGAACAAGGACAGGUCAAAGGCUGCCAUGGCUGGGGAUGUGGCCAUCACAAGCGCCAAAACCAGAGAGACUCAGGGCCUCACAAUUACUAGCACCAUGCCCGCUCCCACUGUGAUUCACGCUCCCACUAUGGAUUUUCUCAAGGAGAGUGCUGUUCCUUUUCAGCAGCAGGUGCCAGCCAUUGUAAGGAGAAUUCACCAGAGGCUGGUGUCCCAUGUCUCUGUGGAUGCCAGGCUGCAAAUUAACAUUGUGAGGCUGGCAGAAGAACACCCUGCUGACGUGGUGCUGACCCUCCUGCGCUGUGCCCCAACGUGUGACAGAGCUGCUACAGUGAUGUGGAGAACCAUAGGCUCGUCGAGUCCCACAGUGAAGAAGGUGCUGCCAACGCUGCUCUGUGUGAUGGAGGACUGGCCUCUGCACAGCAUGUUCACCUCUGAUGGGGACAACAAGGAUGUUUUUGCCCUGGCUGCAACUCUGGUGAUCUGGCUGAUUGUCCAAGUGCCUGAGUGCCACGAGGCAAUGAUCCUUUAUUCCUCCCGCCUGUUUGUGGCUCUGCUCUUCCAUGUUGUCAUCACCACACAGCAGAUGCCACCAGAGGAAGUUGAUAACUUCUGGAGAGCAUGCCGGGAGGAACACCGCUUUCCCAGCAAGCCCAACAGGUUUGCAGUGCAGGCCAUGAAGGCUCUGCUCUGCCGACUGCAGUGUGACCAUGUGGUGGUGGCUAUGGAGCGCAAGCAUGGCUGGGACACUCUGCUGUGUGCUCACACCCAGCACUAUGCCGUGGGUCUGCUGGCCAGGGAGAUGCGCCGUGUCUUAAUCCCUUUGUGUUCACGCAUCGCACUCUACUUGCUCCGGCACCUCAGCAUGGAGGAGCCGUGCUGGGAGCUGCCCUUCCUGGCAUUCCUUGUGGAGGUCCUCGAGCGCCUGGACAUGAGUAAAUGUGGUGGCAGAAUCCUGAAGAUCAUGUCAAGGCACCUGCAGAGCGAAUGCAGUCAGAGGCGUCGCCUGGCACUCAGAGGCCUCGUGGUGCUCAGCAAGGAUCUCUUGAUGGCCAGAAGAAUAGGCAUCCUGUCUCAACAGCUUGUGGAUGUUCUGGGUGAUGCAGAUGGAGAGGUGGUCAGCAUGAGCCUCUGUGUGUUCACAAAUGUGCUCCAACACCAAGACAUCCUGGUAUCCAGCACCACUGCCCCGAAGCUGGCUGAGGCACUCCUACCACUCUUUGACCAUGACAACAGCCAUGUGCAGCUGCUCUCCAUUCAACUCUUCUGCAAGGUGAUGGAAUUGGUUGUGGAUGAGGGAAAAAAGCCCCUGAAGACAAUUGUGAACCAAAGCCUGGACAAACUUUUAAUCUACUGUCAUGAUGAGAACUGGCACGUGGCAAAGGCUUCUCGGGAAACACUGCUUCGUGUGACCAAGUUCCUGAAGAGGAGGGCUCUUGAACAGCUGGUGAAGAAGGGGAAUCUGUGGAAGUUUGCAGAGGGCCUGCUGGCAGAGGACAGGAGCCGAGCGGCCGAGCACCUGCGCCGGGCCCUGCCCUACCUGCAGAGCCCACAGGGGCCCCUGCGAGAGGCGGCCGUCAGGUUCAUGGGGACGGCCGGCCGGUACCUGAAGGGACAGCCAGCAGAGCUUCACGUUCUCACUCAGGCCCUUGAAGCCAUGAGCAAAGAUGACAGCCCAUCCUCCACUAACCUGGAAAUUCGGGCAAUUUUUGGACAAAGAUCUGCAGAACUAAGAUCAUCUGCUGGAUUCAGAGAACCAGGGUCCCAAGAAGAGUACCAGGAGACAGUGAAGAGAACACCACCGCUCAAUGGCACUGGAGCUCCAGGCACAGCUGAUGCUGGCUACGGCUGAACCUGUGCGAAGCUCCCCUAGCUCCUGCCUUCCCCCUCCCUGUUGACAGCUCCCUCUCUCCAGCCCUCAGACCCUGCCCAUCCCCCCCUUUUUUUUUGCCCCCAUCUCAUCCCUUCACUUUCCCUUCCAUUAAUAAACAGUUUGGUU